UAACCAAGCUAAGCUUUUAAAGCUAUGAGAAGCUCAUUUCCCGUUUCAUUUCCGUCCCAUUAGUUCCAACGUCAGCGUCCUUACGUGGGCCCCUUCUAUUCGCUUCUUCUUAAUAACGGCGCCGUCAAAUUCCCCGUUUCCACCUUCCCCCCGUCUCUGUUAACAGGCUCAUCAGGGCUGGACCACCACAGCCACCGCCACUAACAAAAACCGACUGCACAAUCCAGACCCUCCCUUCACGAUCACAAUUUCCUCGUCUCACCACACACGAGCCCGCACACACAUUCUUCUCUCGCGCCCGUCUCAUUCUCUCGUUUACAUUAACCAAAUCGCGAGAGCGUAACCUUUGAAAGACAUGACGAGGAAGUGCCGAAAAAUUGAGCAGAUUAACGCUGUCAUGGAGAUGGCUCGGGUGAGCAUGAUCGCCGGCGCUCGGGCAGCAUUAGCUGCAACUUCAUCCGCAACUACACGCAAGAGGAGGAAGCCUAACAGCGACGAACAUCUCAAAUUUUCUGUAGGAUCAUCCUUUGUUCAGCUUAACAGUAGGAGUCCGGUCAUCACUCCAUCAGAAACCACGCUAUUGCCGCCGGCGGAGUCAGAGGCACGCUGCAGCAGCCUUCACACCUAUGAAUUCCCGGACUCUUGUUGUUCCAGCAACGGAUCCACCGAGCAAGACAAAGAGAGCAUCGGUUUCUUAGAUCUGGAGGUAGAGAGCGCUCAAGUUGAAACGUCGACGUGUAAUUGCAGCGCCGACGAAAGGAGAGACAUGAGCGUCACGAGCGAGCUCCGAGCCAAGUCAGAAGACAUGGAGUCGGCGGAGAAACCGAAGGAAAAGCUCAUAACGGAGGCGAAUUCCCACCAUAAAUCCAAGGGGAAGAAGAGGCCAACAGAAUUGGAGCUGGAAGAAUUCUUCGGUGCUGCCGAGAAAGACAUUCAAAAACGGUUUGCGGAGAAGUACAAUUAUGAUAUUGUGAACGACGUGCCCCUGGAAGGACGCUACGAGUGGGUUAAGUUAAAGCCAUAAACACUCUCUUCUCCGCAGCCAGCCUUCCGUAAUGAAGAUAGCGAUCCACGACGCCAGUUUCUGACAUUAUGCUUACGUUUAGUUUAGGUAUUUCAAUUCCUCUUUUGUUUGGUGUACAGAUUGCUUUAUGGUCAGGCACUAUUAGAAUUCUCCUACGUUUGUUCUUUGUACGGGUUGUACGGACAAGCAGGCUUGCGCAGAAUUGUAAAUUCCCACGGUGAAGAACAGACGGUUUGAAUAACAGAAUUCUAGCGUCCAUUUUCCUUGACCUCCCAAAUAUUCGCGUCUGUUUCUCUGUGAUAUCUUUUGCAGAUCCUUCCUCUACAACCUGCAAGGUACGAGAAAAGUCAGUGACAGUAUCUCCUUUUUCUUUUUCUUUUAUUUUAAAAUUAUUUUCCUUAUCUCAUGAUGUUAAUAUCCUUUAUCUAUCUUUAUUGUCUUUUUCCUUGGGUUUUA